GAACGGCAGCGGUGUGUGUCUGGACCUCCAGGUGAUCGAUAAUGUCCCUGGAGCCAAAGUGGAGGAGGACACAGAGACGCACCACGUCCUCGCAGAGAACCUGUACAAACCCCGGAGACGGUAUCAGUCCCACUACAGUCGUCACUUCAUGCCUCUGGGGGAGAAGGAGCGCCAGGACCGGGAGGUGUUUCAGAGGAACAUGAAGAGCCGCAUGGAGACGUUCAAAUCCACCCGACACAAACGGCACAAGAAGGAGCGCAGCCUGAAGAAGCGGCGAGGAUCUGACGCCAAGGAGGACGGCAGCGACAAACCCAGACGCAAUGUCAGCUGGCAGGACAAAAAUCCUGUGGUUGUUCCUGUGGAGUCAGAAGAGGAGAAAGGUGAACAUUCAGACCCUGAGAAGGAGGAAGACGUCGGGAUAACCUUUGUAGCGCGUAAAGCAGAGACGCCGAAACAACGACCCAAAUCAGUCCCAGCAGCUCUGGACGGGAGUCCCUCAGCCAGCCCCUCCUCCCCCCCCAGUGGGGACAGCCACCUCCCAUGGAAGGGCAGCGUGGGUUCUCCUCCCCCCUGUGUGUCUGUGGAGGCCAACAAGAUCAUCCCUGUGGACCUCCAGCAGGCCUGGAACCAGAGCAUCUCCUCCCUGGAGAGCAUCUCCUCCCCACCCGCCCCCGCUGAGCCCGUCCACCCCCGCGGACCUGGAGACUCCUUUGAACAUAAUUCACGGGUCCUGGAAUUCCUGGAAUGUUAG